UCCCAUUCUCUUCUCUCCAGUUUAGGUUUAAGGUUGGAGAAGGAUGAACAGGACUUAAACAAACAUGAUCCAAACUUUAUAUUCUAUAGUUUACAAUUUUAAACCUGGAACCUAGAACCCAAGUGCAGUGAGUGAGCAACAAAAUGAAAUCUUCAAUUAAUAAAAUUCUUCUUGUAAUGUACAGUAUACUCGGCGUACAAGGAUGUCCCAGCUGUGAAGGGGAGGGGUCAACUUGUAAACUGGUGGCAGGUCUCUUUACGAAGGGCAAGUUGACCCCUGGGUAUACACACAUCACAACAAUCCCUGUUGGAGCCUGCAGUCUUAAUAUUACGCUACUUAGACCCUCAGCAAACAGACUUGGUUUGGGUGAACUGAAUGAUGAUUUGUUUAUAAACCCCUCCGGAAACUCCUCUAAGACGGGCCUGUAUUAUGCAGCAGGAACCACGUUCUACUACUACAGAGGGGACUCGAAAUCUAGGGAACAGAUACAAGGAGAAGGACCCUUAACAAAAUCCUUAAAUCUACAGUUGUUGACAGCAGAGAUAAACCGAGGUGUCGAGUAUAGAUACAUGUUUCCUAUGGAGCAGGCUAGGGACCUGUCUAGGGACCUCCAGUCCUCCCAAGGGACCAGGAGAAGGCACCAGGGAAAGUACUCCUGGACCUUGAAGACCCUGACAGUGUGCUCUAGGAGUUGUGGUGGAGGAUAUCAGACUACAGUAGCAGUUUGUGUCAGAUCUGAAGGGAAAGUAGUUCCUGAUUCUAGAUGUACGGAGUCAAAUAAACCUGGUACUCAGAUAGUCAGGUGCAACCGGACCCCUUGCCCCCCUUCCUGGGCAGGGGGGGACUGGGGCCCCUGCUCUACCUCCUGUGGAGAAGGAGUGCAGGAGAGAAGGUUGCUCUGCAGACAGGAGUUCUCUGCAAGUAUGAGUAUACCGGUUGCAGAGAAAGCGUGCGCAGCAGAGCAAUCAAAUAUUAUAACAGCAAGGAAAUGCAACCUAUCUCCGUGUACCUCGGAUCCUCUGGUUCAGAUGCUCGCCACACAACCGGAGUCAACCCGGAGCAGUAAUUAUUCAAGCUUCAGGUCUUUGUCAAAGGAUGACUGGGGAGGAAUAUAUCGAACUAAAUCUACAAACCGACCAGAGCUUUACCGAGCAAUGUCCACCAGCCGACCUCAGCCCCAGCGAUCAAUGCCCAACGAUCAAACUCUUUCAUAUCGGGUUCCUUUCACAGAGUUGCCUCUGAGCCAUCAAACGAUAUCAACGAACCGACCACCGUCCACUGAAUGGGUGGCUCAACCUUGGGGGCAGUGCUCGGUUACGUGUGGAUCGGGAGUUAAAGAGCGUCGGGUUCACUGUGUGGAUACCAGGGGAGGAUUGGUCCCAGAUUCCAGAUGUGAGAAACUGGCUAGGCCUGACUCUGAAGGGUUUUGUGGUAUGGGGCCGUGUACAGCUGAUAGAUGGCUCGUCUCGUCCUGGGAGCAGGUACUGUACAGUAAAUGGACUGGAUGCUCCCAUACAUGUGGAGAAGGAGUUCAAACCCGUCCUGUUCUCUGUAUCCAAGAGGACCCGGAGCUCAGGAACAAAACCGUGAUCAGAAACAGUCUAUCUACAACUGAGCCUGGUACCCUGAGUAAAAUUGUGAACGUGGAUUUAUGUCAAGAUAGACGAAAACCUAGAGAAUCUAGGAAGUGUAAGAUACAAGCAUGUAAACCUACGUGGUUUACAACACCUUGGAGUAAGUGCUCUGCUGAGUGUGGUGAGGGACAGAUGACGAGAGAAGUCACGUGUUUGGAUUCAACAAACCGGUUUUUAAAUAACUGCAAGGAGAAGGAUAGGCCAGAGAACAGUAAACCAUGCAAGGGUGAGUGUUUGGCUGAAGGAGGGGUUGAGGAGGAUAAGGUUGAUGAUGUAGAGGAUGAGGAGGAGAAGGAUUGGGAGGAAUAUGAUGAAUAUCUGGAGGAACCAGAGUUCAGAGAUGUUUCUCCAAACCUGGAAUCCUUGGAGGGUUUAGGAGAAAAAUCUGUGAAAAAGUCGGGCAUUGAAGACGACUUCUCUCGAGUGUCGUCAGCUGUUCUGAGCAACGACGUGGUGUCUAGUAAACCGGUUAAACCAGUUAAGGGUGCCCCGUGCACGGACAAGUUCAAAAACUGUAAUAUCGUGGUGAAAUCAAGGCUCUGUAUAUAUUCCUACUACCAAACAAAUUGUUGUCGAAGCUGCACUAUGAUCCUACCAUAAAUAUUUAAAGGAGAAACAAAAACUUUUACCAGUGAAACUAGAAUUUUCAUUCUUAUUUGAACAUUGAAUAUUCAAAGGAUUGAAGCAGGAAGCCUGAUUUGUGAAUUUUAUCAUCAAAUGUCUAAUACAAAUCUUUUAAAACAUGAAGAAUUUUAACAGAGAAAAUAACUAUUUUUAAACUCUACAUUAAGCGCACUAAGCAAAUGUAAUAAAAUCUUUUUGGGAAAUUUAUUUUGGUGAUUGUGUAAAAAUUUCUAAAAAGAAAAAAGAUCCAACUUAUUUCCUAAUAAAUAUACAAGAAAAAAAGACUUUUCUCAUGCCAAAAUGCAAUUCAUAAUAUCAGUUAUUUGUACAUUUUAGAAUUUAAUUACAAUAUUAAACAUGGAAGAAUGUUAUACAUGUGACGUAAACGUUUAAAACCGUCUUAAGUUUUAUGACUUUACAGUGAGAACCAGAAAAUAACGGAAUUCUCGCUGUCUUCUUUUUUAUUGUAUAUCAUUAUUGUAAAAUGUCGAUAAUGACAUGGAUUUCUUAUUUUAUAGCUGAACUAGGCUCUUAACAUACAUAUAUCAGCUGUAAAAAUUGCAAAUUAUAAAACUCUAGCGACAUUUGUCAAAAAAGGGAGAAAAAACAACAGUCCUUAAUCCACAGUUUUAUGGUUCCUUACUGUGCAUGAAUAUACUCCCCUGAAAAUUAUUAUUGAUAUUACGAAAUUAACUAUAUAGUUGAACAAUUAUUUAUACAUAGUUUUUGCGGUCCAGUAAAUGAAUUUCACAAAAGCAGGCGCGUAUACAGGGGGGGGGGGCACCGCAUCUGGAAAGGGGUGUUUUCUCCAUUAAAAAUAAAAAAAAAAACGGUCUUGGCGCCAUUUAUUUUUAAAUUUUACCUUAGUAUUUCACUUUCAUCUAAUAUCGCCCUGCCCCUCCCCCUACUUGAUAAACAAUAAUAGCUAUAUGCAUUAUGCAAGUGUUUGGCAUGUCUUCCCGCAACCCCCAAGAAGGCCAGGGGGAGAAUAAAUUAGGAGAGGAGAGGUAGGGGAGAAUAAGGAGAGAAUAAAGAGAAUAGUCUUCAGGAGACUACUCAGGACUUCAGGGAGUAAUACAGAACUAUACAAAGGGAUAUAUUAUAAUAUAAAGUCCUUAAAUCGGGACUACAAUGGACUUGUAGUAGACUUAAUAUAAAAUAACAGUAUUUUUAAGGCCAGGGCUUAAAUCCUGUAUACGCGCCUGCAAAUGUUGGCCUUCAACAAAGUAUAUACAUAAAUUGACUUCAAAAUUCCCCAAAGUUUAAUGUCAUUAGUGAUUAUUAUUUUUUUCAAGAAUAAGAUAAGAAAUUAACCAAAUCCUCCUAAACACUCCCAUCAGGAGAUAUAUUGGGAUAAAUGCAGGAGUUGUUUUUAGAUCCAAUCUAUAAUAAAUGCUCAAAUAGAUUUCUUUUAAGAUGGUUUCUCUGACAUGGCGAAACAAAUAAAUCAUCUUUUUUUUGAUUCUGCAUCCUAUGUUUUAUUUCAAUAAAACCGUUGCAAUAAUCAUAAUAAAAGAAAACUUUAAAUUAUUAAUUUUCAUUUUGUUCCAGAGCAGUUUAAAAGCCAGAUAAAACAAUAAACGCUUAAAGCCAAGGGUAUUUGUUUUCAACCAAUACCACACCCCUUUUUUCAAAAUACCUUUCUCACAAAAAGAAUUUUCUUAAAAUUGAAAAGAAGGGGGGGAGGGGAGUUGUGACAGUGAACUAAACAAUGCUAAAAAGAAAACUAUGGACUAUGUGAUGUAAAUAUCUUGGACAUAAAAUAAAACAAAAGCAUAUUUGUUUGUAGUGUAGAGUACUGUAUAUAAAUUAUGUAAAUAAAAUACUAUGGUGUA